CCCGUGACGUCACGUAAUUACCUGGGAACGCAGGACGCAUAGCCGAACACGCGGGUAGGGUUACAACAGAGGCGGUAGCUAGGCACUGACAGGUCUAUACAGACACCUACGGGACAUGUAGCUUUUUAAUAACCCAUAGGCACAAUACAGCCACUUUUUGGGCAUAGAAAUGGCACUUCUGAAGUCAAGAGGAGGAAAGAAUGCCAGUGGGGACUGGUCGAGCAAACCGAGCUGGGAAACAAGACUGAAACGGACACCGCAACAAAGAGUGCCUAGAGAAACCACAAAGGAGCUGAUAGACUAUGACCAGCUGUCCUGGCUGACCAACAUCCCUGGGCUCAGUAGCAAAUAUAGUCCUGAAUCAAGCGCGGAUGCCCACAGAACCUUCAUGGAAAACUACCACCGCAUGUUUUUGAAACCAACACCGCUGUCCGCCCUCCCCAGCAAGACAGCGUCAGCCAGGAGUAGUUAUAGCAAAGGACCGGAAAAGUCCAAGCACACUUCUUUAAUGUCUGUCGGCACAUGCAUAUCAUAG